GCUGACGAAAUUGUUGACAAAGAUAAAACUCAUAAAAGCCGCAAACCAAAAAGGGAGUGACAGUUUUCUACAAGUCUUUUGCAUUUUCUUAUUGCAUUUAAACGUAAUUAAAAUGGCCAAGAACACUUCAAGCUCUGCUUUUCGCAAAAUUGAUGUCGACCAGUACAACGAAGAUAAUUACAAAGAGGAUGAGUGUGGCGAGUCACAAUCACCUCCAGUCGGACCUGACGAAAAAGAGAUUACCAACUUCCUCAAUCAGGGGAAGAGUGUUGAAGCCUUGAAGACAGUCCUUAGGAAUGCUCCCAUUUCGUCACGCAAUCAAAUGGUCAAAGAUGCUGCUUUAAAUAUUGUUAUGCAAGUGCUUCUCUCUGUGAAGUCAACCCAGAUAGAAGAGGCAGUAAAUGCUCUUGACCGUGAUCAGCUGGAUAUCCUUAUGAAAUACAUUUACAGAGGCUUUGAAACUCCCUCAGAGGGCUCCAGUGGGCAGUUGUUGGCGUGGCACGAGAAGGUUCAUGCUGUUGCUGGUGUUGGCUGCAUUGUCAGAGUCCUUACCGACAAGAAGCGUGUCUGAACAAAAUCAUUCUUUCCACGUCUUUAUACAUAAAGCAUUUUAAUACAUGUUCAUCUUCCUUAACCAAA